AUGGAGCCCCGCGGCAUGGAGUACUUCAGCGCCCAGGUGCAGCAGAAGGACGUCGGCGGCCGCCUGCAGGUCGGCCAGGAGCUGCUGCUCCAUCUGGGCGCCCCCGGCGCCAUCCCGGACCUGGAGGAGGACCUGGGCCGCCUGGGCAAGACGAUCGACGCGCUCACCGGCUGGGUGGGCUCGAGCAACUACCGGGUAUCAUUAAUGGGAUUGGAAAUUUUAAGUGCCUUUGUGGACAGAUUAUCAACACGAUUUAAGUCCUAUGUAGUAAUGGUUAUUGUAGCUUUAAUAGACAGAAUGGGAGAUGCCAAAGACAAGGUUCGAGACGAAGCUCAGACUCUGAUAUUGAAGCUGAUGGAUCAAGUAGCAGCACCUAUGUACAUUUGGGAACAGUUGACUUCUGGUUUUAAGCACAAGAAUUUUCGAUCUCGAGAAGGCGUGUGUCUAUGUCUUAUUGAAACCUUAAACGUUUUUGGGGCUCGGCCGCUAGUCCUCAGCAAGUUGGUACCACAUUUGUGUAUCUUAUUUGGAGAUUCCAACAGUCAGGUGAGAGAUGCGGCAGUGUUGGCUGUGGUGGAGAUCUAUAGACAUGUGGGAGAGAGAGUGAGGGUGGACCUCUGUAAGAGGGGGAUUCCCCCUGCUAGAUUAGAGAUGAUUUUUGCCAAAUUUGAUGAAGUGCAAAAUUCAGGCGGUAUGAUUUUGAGUGUCUGCAAAGAUAAAAGCUUUGAUGAUGAAGAAUCGGUGGAUGGAAAUAGGCCAUCAUCAGCUGCUUCAGCCUUCAAGGUUCCUGCACCUAAAACAUCCGGAAAUCCUGUCAACAGUGCGAGGAAGCCUGGUUCAGCAGGUGGCCCUAAGGUUGGAGCAGGUGCUUCUAAGGAAGGGGGUGCUGGAGCAGUGGAUGAAGAUGACUUUAUAAAAGCUUUCACUGAUGUCCCUUCUGUUCAGAUCUAUUCUAGUCGAGAACUUGAAGAAACAUUAAAUAAAAUCAGGGAAAUAUUGUCAGAUGACAAACAUGACUGGGAUCAGCGUGCCAAUGCACUUAAGAAAAUUCGAUCAUUGCUUGUUGCUGGAGCUGCACAAUAUGACUGCUUCUUCCAACAUUUACGCUUGUUGGAUGGAGCGCUUAAACUUUCAGCAAAGGAUCUUAGAUCCCAAGUGGUUAGAGAAGCUUGCAUUACUGUAGCACAUCUUUCAACAGUUUUGGGAAACAAGUUCGAUCAUGGCGCUGAAGCCAUUGUACCUACGCUUUUUAAUCUCGUCCCCAAUAGUGCAAAAGUCAUGGCAACUUCUGGAUGUGCAGCUAUCAGGUUCAUCAUUCGGCAUACUCAUGUACCCAGACUUAUACCUUUAAUCACAAGCAAUUGCACAUCAAAAUCAGUUCCCGUAAGGAGGCGCUCAUUUGAAUUUUUAGAUUUAUUGUUACAAGAGUGGCAGACUCAUUCAUUGGAAAGACAUGCAGCUGUCUUGGUUGAAACUAUUAAGAAGGGGAUUCAUGAUGCUGAUGCUGAAGCCAGAGUGGAGGCAAGAAAGACAUACAUGGGUCUUAGAAACCACUUUCCUGGUGAAGCCGAAACGUUGUAUAAUUCACUUGAGCCAUCUUAUCAGAAGAGUCUUCAGACUUACUUAAAGAGUUCUGGCAGUGUAGCAUCUCUUCCACAAUCAGACAGGUCCUCAUCUAGCUCACAGGAAAGUCUCAAUCGCCCUUUUUCUUCCAAAUGGUCUACAGCAAACCCAUCGACUGUGGCUGGAAGAGUGUCGGCAGGCAGCAGCAAAGCCAGUUGCCUUCCCGGAAGCCUGCAGCGUUCACGAAGCGACAUCGACGUGAAUGCUGCUGCUGGUGCCAAGGCUCACCAUGCUGCCGGGCAGUCUGCGCGAAGCGGGCGGUUGGGUGCAGGGGCCCUGAAUCCGGGUUCCUACGCGUCACUAGAGGAUACUUCUGACAAGAUGGAUGGAGCAACAUCUGAAGAUGGCCGGGUGAGAGCAAAGCUUUCAGCAGCACCCCUCGCGGGCAUGGGAAAUGCCAAGACAGAUUCUCGAGGAAGAAGUCGAACCAAAAUGGUGUCUCAGUCUCAGCGUUCGUCAUCACCUGACAAAAAUGAAGGAUCACAAUCUGCUAAUACCAUUGGUGCUGGCAGCCGGUCCGGGUCCCCGGGAAGAGUUCUGAGCACAACAGCCCUCUCCACUGUGAGCUCUGGUGUUCAGAGAGUCUUGGUCAAUUCCGCCUCGGCGCCAAAGAGAAGCAAGAUCCCCCGGAGCCAGGGGUGUAGCAGAGAGGCUAGUCCGUCUAGGCUGUCCGUGGCCCGAAGCAGUCGUAUUCCUCGACCAAGUGUGAGUCAAGGGUGCAGCCGGGAAGCCAGUCGGGAGAGCAGCCGGGACACAAGUCCUGUUCGUUCUUUUCAGCCCCUCGCCUCCAGACACCAUUCCAGAUCUACUGGUGCCCUCUACGCCCCCGAUGUGUAUGGGGCCUCAGGUCCAGGGUAUGGGAUGAGCCAAUCGAGCCGACUGUCGUCUUCUGUCAGUGCCAUGCGAGUCCUGAACACAGGCUCUGACGUGGAGGAGGCCGUAGCAGAUGCCUUGCUCUUAGGAGACAUACGGACUAAGAAAAAGCCUGCUCGAAGAAGAUACGAAUCCUACGGAAUGCAUUCAGAUGAUGACGCCAACAGCGAUGCAUCGAGUGCUUGUUCAGAACGCUCCUAUAGCUCUCGAAAUGGCAGUAUUCCUACCUACAUGAGGCAGACGGAAGAUGUGGCCGAGGUCCUCAAUAGAUGUGCCAGUUCCAACUGGUCAGAAAGGAAAGAAGGCCUCCUGGGGCUACAAAACUUGCUAAAAAAUCAGAGAACGCUAAGUCGAGUUGAACUGAAAAGAUUAUGUGAAAUUUUCACAAGAAUGUUUGCUGAUCCUCACGGCAAGAGAGUAUUCAGCAUGUUCUUGGAGACUCUAGUGGAUUUCAUACAAGUCCACAAAGAUGAUCUUCAAGAUUGGUUGUUUGUACUGCUGACUCAACUCUUAAAAAAAAUGGGUGCUGAUUUGCUGGGGUCUGUUCAGGCAAAAGUUCAGAAAGCCCUUGAUGUUACAAGAGAAUCUUUUCCAAAUGAUCUUCAAUUCAAUAUUCUAAUGAGAUUUACAGUUGAUCAGACCCAAACACCAAGCUUGAAGACACUCAAGCCAGCGCUUCGGGACCAGCUUCACUCUUUUUGGAGCUCCAAGGUGAAGGUUGCUAUCCUUAAAUACAUAGAAACUCUGGCCAAGCAGAUGGAUCCAGGAGAUUUUAUAAAUUCCAGUGAAACUCGCCUGGCAGUGUCUCGGGUCAUCACUUGGACAACAGAACCCAAAAGUUCUGACGUUCGGAAGGCAGCACAGUCGGUGCUGAUUUCCCUAUUUGAACUCAAUACUCCAGAGUUUACAAUGUUAUUAGGAGCUUUACCAAAAACUUUUCAGGAUGGUGCUACCAAGCUUCUUCAUAAUCACCUUCGAAACACUGGCAAUGGAACCCAGGGUCCCAUGGGGAGUCCUUUGACAAGGCCAACAGCACGUUCACCAGCCAACUGGUCCAGUCCUCUUACUUCUCCUACCAACACAUCACAGAAUACUUUAUCUCCAAGUGCAUUUGAUUAUGACACAGAAAAUAUGAACUCUGAAGAUAUUUAUAGCUCUCUUAGAGGUGUCACUGAAGCAAUUCAGAAUUUCAGCUUCCGUAGUCAAGAAGAUAUGAAUGAGCCGUUGAAAAGAGAUUCUAAAAAAGAUGAUGGUGAUUCUAUGUGUGGCGGUCCCGGGAUGCCUGACCCAAGGGCAGGAGGCGAUGCUACCGACUCAAGCCAAACCUCCCUUGAUAAUAAAGCUUCGUUGCUCCAGUCGAUGCCUGCUCAUUCCUCCCCACGCUCGCGAGACUAUAAUCCAUAUAACUAUUCAGAUAGCAUCAGUCCCUUCAAUAAGUCUGCCCUCAAGGAAGCCAUGUUUGACGACGACGCCGACCAGUUUCCUGACGAUCUCUCCCUAGACCAUUCUGACCUGGUUGCAGAGUUGUUGAAGGAGUUGUCUAACCAUAAUGAACGUGUAGAGGAAAGAAAAAUCGCCCUCUAUGAACUCAUGAAACUGACACAGGAGGAAUCUUUCAGCGUUUGGGAUGAACACUUCAAAACAAUAUUACUUCUGUUGCUUGAAACCCUUGGGGAUAAAGAGCCUACCAUCAGGGCUUUGGCGUUAAAGGUUUUAAGAGAAAUCCUAAGGCAUCAACCAGCCAGAUUUAAAAACUAUGCAGAACUGACGGUCAUGAAAACGUUGGAAGCACAUAAAGACCCUCAUAAGGAGGUGGUGAGAUCUGCUGAGGAAGCGGCAUCGGUGCUGGCCACUUCUAUCAGCCCCGAGCAGUGCAUCAAAGUGCUUUGCCCCAUCAUCCAAACCGCAGAUUACCCGAUCAAUCUGGCUGCAAUCAAGAUGCAAACGAAAGUGAUAGAGCGGGUGUCCAAGGACACCCUCAACCUGCUUUUGCCAGAGAUCAUGCCAGGCUUGAUACAGGGUUACGAUAACUCGGAGAGCAGUGUUCGGAAAGCUUGUGUCUUCUGCCUGGUGGCCGUUCACGCGGUAAUUGGUGACGAACUAAAACCACAUCUCAGUCAGCUCACGGGCAGCAAGAUGAAGCUCCUGAAUCUGUACAUCAAACGCGCACAGACAGGUUCUGGAGGAGCUGACCCCGCUGCUGAUGUUUCCGGACAGAGUUAGUGACGCGGACCGAAGCCGGCCGGGCCGCCCCGACCCGGGACGGGCACACCACCCCUCAGCAGCGAGAGGAAGCACUCAAACGCAUCUUUCGGAACUCCCCAUCUUUUCCCGGCUUUAGUUUUUUGUUUCGUUUUGUAUUUUCUGUAACGGAGGGCUCUCCUCAGUCUGCAUGUAACUUUUAUGAUAGUUAUUCCAAAUUCAAGAAGAAGCAGUAUUAACAUCAGUGGAUCGAUACAGAGUAAUUUUUAAUCGAAUUCAUCAUUUCACAUGUUUGUACUUGUCUUCCCAUUAACCUUUGCCAGUGUUAUGAUUGUAUACAUUUUUUUAAAUGCUGGUGAAAGAGGAAUGCUUAAAGCUUUAAAAGUUUAACAGUCUAAAACAUUUUUUUGCCUCUAUUCAAAUGCAGAAUACUAUUUUUAUUGCUACUUGGAGUUUCGUUCUGUAUCAUGUCCUAUGCUAGAAAUACUGAAAUGAUGUGAAACGAAGCAGGACUGAUUUGAACCACAGCUGGACUCUGUCGACGUGACGGUGACACGUGUCGUUAGUCGCAACUUCUUUGGGGUGACCCGUAGCGUACAGCGACGUCCUCAGAGAGAGUGCCACAGAAUCAGCCAGUUCUGUGACGCCGAUUCCGCGCGUUGGCUCUCCAUCUUGCCGCCUCGCCUAAAACCGUGUCCCCCCUGCGGCCCCUUAAGAAAGCUGCACCAGAUCAUCUGCCUGUUGUUUUCUAGAUGCUUAUUAAAAUAGAAGGUUUUCUUGCAGGGUUUCUGGUUUGUUUUUCGUUGUUGUGAAUGAUGCUUUUUUCGUAUUUAUUAAUAUCAAAUUCACUUAUGAAUAAACUUGAUAAUGGAAAGAGAGAAGAAAAUCCAGUGCAUGUGCGUCUUGACCGUCUUCUGUUUCUCAUUAAAAAACGAACUUAUUAAUCACUGAGACGCGCGAGUCAACCAGCACCUUUUCUUUAAAUGGUGGCACCUGGUUUCCUUUGACCGUGAAAUUGUCUUACUUGAAAACGAUCCUGACGAGAGAGAAGGUGGCACAAGGCUAUUAUCUCUGUAAUGGACUCAAAUUCUCUACCUCUUCAGGGCUGAUCCUUUUAACUGAGCUGCUGCCUACAGUGUCUUUUGGAAAACUACUUCAAGGGUGAUUUUCUGUUACAUUUUAACACAUUGUUUUAAUCACCUUUCGCUACACCUGUUCUUUUCCUGUGCAGCCGACUUGCAAAACUUACCAGUUUGGUGCAAAGCAAAUGAGAUCACUUGGAACCGGGACACUAAUGAUUUCUCAUCUUGACUUUUUUUUUUUUUUUUUUUUUUAAUCCUAACAUGAAGUGAAUUUGACUGGAAAGGCAAAUAGCAGUUUGCUAUUGUUACAGAGUGAUCUGUACUUUCUUUGUUUAACUGAAAAACAUGUAGAAAUGUAUGUAAAGAAUUUAAGACAAAAGUACUGGAUGGAUGGUUUGUCAUGGGCUUUUCCCUUUGUUUCUGUUCUAGCAGCAGGAAAAUAGUUUCUCUAUAUCCCCGCCCCUUUACCUGUAACAAUUUUGUUUUCUACUGUUAAUUACAUUGUGUAUUUAUAGUUCUAUGCUUACUGUUGUGCAUAUACUGGCAAUAAAACUGUACAUAACAUUACUUGAAAAAAU